UGCCAGAACCUCUGACGUUGUCAGCAGCAAGCUUCGGACGACCGGGAAAGUGUGCCAUUACCUUUUUGCGCAACAUGCAUCCAUUAGUCGCUAUUGACGAGAUAUUUCAGGUAAUACUCGUGAAUAUCAACGAGAGAAUAACGUUGCGAUGCUUGGCUCUGUCCUGUCGGGCGUUCUAUGACCCAGCCAUGGACGAGCUCUGGGCUGAUCUAGAAGGUCUGCAGCCACUUGUCAAAUGUCUUCCAUCCCAUAUGGUCAAAAAGGCUAAAGGGACGAUUGCUGCCGUGGUAAGUAGUAUGGUGCAAACAUAA